UUAUUUUCCUCUUCCUCUGCUCCUGUGCAGAGAGGCACUCACUGAAACCCUAGAUAAACCUCUGCUUCCGAAAUAAUAAUAGCAGUGAAACGAAUCUCGUUUUCAAACCCUAGAAUCCUACCAUGGGUAAAGCAAAAGGAAAACAUCGAUUGGAUAAGUACUACCAUCUCGCUAAAGAACACGGCUACCGUUCUCGUGCAUCAUGGAAACUCGUCCAACUCGACUCCAAAUUCCACUUUCUCCACUCCUCUCGCGCCGUUCUCGACCUCUGCGCUGCCCCUGGCGGUUGGAUGCAGGUGGCGGUUGAGCGCGUUCCCGUUGGCAGCCUUGUCCUUGGCAUAGAUUUGGUUAGGAUUGCGCCUAUCCGUGGGGCGGUUUCGAUCGAGCAGGAUAUCACCAAGUCUGAGUGUAAAGCUAGGAUUAAGAAAAUUAUGGGAGAAAAUGGAGUGAAGGCUUUUGAUUUGGUUUUGCACGAUGGUUCUCCUAAUAUUGGUGGUGCGUGGGCGCAAGAAGCAACGGCUCAGAAUGCGCUUGUGAUUGAUUCUGUGAAAUUGGCUACACAGUUCUUGGCUCCUAAAGGCAACUUUGUUACCAAAGUUUUCAGGUCUCAAGACUACAAUUCAGUCUUGUACUGUCUCAAUCAGUUGUUUGAAAAGGUUGAGGUGGAUAAACCAUCAGCAAGUCGUUCAACAUCUGCAGAAAUAUUUCUCGUGGGCUUGAAGUACAAGGCCCCUGCAAAGAUUGAUCCACGACUUCUUGAUGUGAAACACCUGUUUCAGGGAUCCAUAGAACCUGCUCGAAAGGUGAUAGAUGUACUCAGAGGAACAAAGCAAAAGCGACACCGUGAUGGGUAUGAAGACGGGGAAAGCAUUGUGAGGAAGGUGUCUUCAGCUGCUGAUUUUGUGUGGUCUGAUGCACCUCUUGAAAUCCUUGGUUCAGUUACUUCUAUAGUGUUUGAGGGCCCAACUUCUUUGCCAAUAAGGGAUCAUGCUUUAACAACAGAAGAGAUUAAAACACUUUGUGAUGAUCUCCGUGUUCUGGGAAAGCAAGACUUCAAACAUCUAUUGAAGUGGCGGAUGCAUGUAAGGAAGGCCCUGUCUCCUACGCAAAAGGCUAGUUCUACUGCUGUUAAUGGUGAAGAAAAGAAACAAGAGGAUGAAGAUGAUAAAUUACUGAAUGAAAUGGAGGAGCUGACUUAUGCUAUGGAGCGGAAGAGGAAACAAGAAAAGAAACGUGAUGCAAAAAGGCGAGCUAAGGACAAGGCACGGAAGGCAACAGGAAUGCAAAUAGAUGCAAUGGAAGAUGGCUACACUGAUCAUGAAUUGUUCUCUCUUUCUUCCAUUAAGGGAAAAAAAGAUCUGGUAGCUGUUGAUUCUGCUGAAAAUGAUGAUGAUAAUGGUGAGUUAAGAGAUGGUGAAAAUGAUGAGACCGAUAAUGAAGCACAGGAGAAUUCAUCUAGUGACGUAGAUUCUGAUGAAGAACGGAGAAGAUAUGACGAACAAAUGGAAGAGUUUCUUGAUCAGGUGUAUGAACGGUUUGUGACCAAGAAGGAAGGAAGUACUAAGCAGCGAAAACGUGCAAGGCAGGCAUAUUCAAAACAACUUCUGGAGGGUGAUGGUGAUGAUGUUGUUAUUCAUUCUGAUUAUGGUUCAGAUGAAGAUCUAGGUGAUCAGGAAGCAAAUCCUCUUAUGGUACCAUUGAAUGAUGGGGAGGCUCCAACCCAAGAAGAGAUAACAAAUAAAUGGUUUACUCAGGAGGUCUUUGCCAAGGCUGCAGAGGAUGGAGACUUGGAAAAAUAUGAUAGUGAAGAUGCAAUGCAGGUAGAUAAACAGGAGAGAAAGCUUGCUGUUCCAGAAAAGACGACAAAAAAUGGUGCUGGGUCAAAAGCCAUUCAACCCCAAACUUCCAAGGCAGAAGAAGAUUUUGAGAUUGUCCCGGCUCCAGCUACAGAUUCCAGUGAUGAUUCAUCCACAGAUGAUUCUGACGAUGAUGAUGUUGAAACAAAGGCUGAGGUAUUGGCUUAUGCUAAGAAGAUGCUGAGAAAAAAACAAAGGGAACAGAUGCUUGAUGAUGCUUACAAUAAGUAUAUGUUUGAUGAUGAGGGCUUGCCUGGCUGGUUUGUGGAAGAAGAGAGGAGGCACCGCCAGCCAAUGAAGCCUGUUACCAAAGAGGAGAUUGCUGCAAUUCGAGCACAAUUCAAAGAAAUAAAUGCACGGCCUGCUAAGAAGGUGGCACAGGCCAAGGCUAGAAAGAAGCGGGUGGCAAUGAGGAAGCUUGAGAAGGUUCGCAAGAAAGCAAACACCAUAUCUGACCAAACAGAUAUCUCUGAUCGGUCAAAGAGGAAAAUGAUUGAACAACUAUAUAAGAAGGCAACGCCUAAAAGGCCAAAGAAAGAAUAUGUUGUCGCAAAGAAAGGAGUUGCAGUGAAGGCUGGAAAGGGGAAAGUCCUUGUUGAUCGGAGGAUGAAAAAGGAUGCAAGGGCGCGUGGUACAGGGAAGCCGGGAAAAGGUGCUUCGAAGAAGGGUAAGAAUGCAAAGGGUCAAAAGGGUAAGGGGUUAGGAAAGAGCUCAGCUAAGCAUGGAAACAAGGGAAACAAAGGGAAAAAAAUGGGAAUGCAUGAAUAAGAUUGCACAUAUUUAACCUUUCUUGCAGGCUUUCAACUGUUGCUCGGUUUUUGUUGUAUUGUACUUGACUAGAGGAUUUCAUUAAUAUUCAAAUUUUGGCAGUAAUUUUCUAUA